AUGGGACAAGUCCUACCCACUCACCGUUCCGCGCAUUCUAUCUUUGGUGGCUUAGCCCAGCCCGCUAUGACCGAGGCUGUUCGCUUGUUAUCGAAGGGUCCGUUCCCCGUUGACCACCACCGCGCCCUACCAGAAAUGCAGCGUUGGAGCCUGCAGAACGUCUGCGUCGAUCCUUUCUCGGACCUCGAAGUCGCGUACACAACCAACGGUCACGAUGCGCACUUAGCACCUUCGGCAUACUCCUGCAACUCGCAUUCCUGGGUGCAUAUCUUCCCCGAAGGCAAGAUCCACCAAUCACCACGCAAGACCAUGCGCUAUUUCAAGUGGGGAAUUGCGCGGCUCAUCUUAGAACCCAAAGAGUGCCCGGAUGUGGUUCCAAUGUGGAUUGAGGGCCUCGACGAUGUCAUGCAUGAGAGUCGGGAAUUCCCGCGUUUCCUUCCCAGGCCUGGCAAACGGAUCAGCGUCACCUUUGGUUCAAAGGUGGAGUCUGAUGCUGUAUUUGGCGACAUGCGCUCCCGGUGGCAGAAGCUGAAGGCGCGCAUCGAAAAGAGCGAUCCUAGUUCCCGAGAUCUGCCCGUCGGUGUGCUCAGUGAUGAGUUGUUGAAUGAUAAAGAAGCCGUCGAGCUGCGCAAGGAGGUCACUUUGAAGAUCAGGAACCUUGUCUUGGAUGUUCGCCGGUCGCGUGGAUUGCCUGACGAGGAUCCCAAGGAAGGCCUCGUUGAGACUUGGCUGGAAGAGGGCGCCAAGCGCGAGGGCCAUAUGAAGGACGAUUCCUGGGUGCGGGAUAUCUAA